CCUCUGAGUGCCCCCUCUGUGCCAGCUGUGUGUCUCUACUGCAGGAGGACCAGGAGGAGGGGGCAUUGCUGCCAGGAGGUGGAUGGUAUGGUCCAUGCUAGAGCACCAGCCGUGCAACUCCCAUGGUGCACUUCAUGGAUGACUGCUGUUGCUGCUGCUGCAUAACCUCAGGCCAAAAUGUAAAGUCCCCUUGCUGAUGAGAGACCGCCUUGGCCGAGAGGCCAUGGAGAAGCUGUUGUGCCUGCUGGUGAUGGGAGUCCUGGGCUACGUAGGGUCUACACAAUACUGCCCUGGACGCUGCAUCUGCCAAACAAAUUCUCCAACCCUCACCAUGCUGUGUGCCAAGACAGGGCUCCUCUUUGUGCCCCCAGCCAUUGACAGAAGGACAGUGGAGCUUAGACUGACUGACAACUUUAUCACCAUCAUUCGACGAAAGGACUUUGCCAACAUGACAAAUUUGGUGCACCUGACACUAUCCAGAAACACCAUCAGCCAGAUUGUCCCAUUGGCAUUCUCUGACCUGCGCUCCUUACGUGCUCUUCAUAUGAACAGUAAUCGUUUAUCUGCCCUACGGCAUGAACACUUUCAUGGCCUGGGAAACCUACGCCACCUUAUUUUGGGCAACAAUCAAAUAAGUUCUGUACAGCCAGGAGCCUUUAAUGAGUUCUUGUCCACAGUGGAGGAUCUUGACCUUUCAUACAACAAUUUGGAGGAGUUGCCCUGGGAGGACAUUGGGCAGAUGGUAAACCUCAACACACUAACCCUAGACCACAAUUUGAUUGACUAUAUUGCAGAAGGCACUUUUACCAUGCUACUUAAACUGGUAAGGCUGGAUAUGACUUCCAACCGUUUGCACAAGCUACCCCCAGACAACCUCUUUCUCAGGUCACAAGUUUUGGCCAAUACUAGAGGUUCCAGCUCUUCCAACUUGGCCAUUAGUUUUGGGGGUAACCCUCUCCAUUGCAACUGUGAACUCUUGUGGCUUCGACGUCUGACACGAGAAGAUGACUUGGAGACUUGUGCAUCACCAGAACAACUGACUGACAAGUACUUCUGGUCAAUCCAAGAGGAAGAGUUCAUCUGUGAGCCACCUCUAAUAACAAGGCACUAUGCCAGCAAGCCAUUUGUUAUGGAGGGGCAAUCUGUCAACCUAAAGUGCAAAGCAGUUGGAGACCCAGAGCCAUCAGUCCACUGGAUUGGUCCAGAUGGGAAGCUGAUCCACAACAGCACACGUGUGGUGGCUCAUGAUAAUGGAACUUUGGAUAUUAUCAUCACCACACUGAAAGACAAUGGGGCCUUUACUUGCAUUGCCUCUAAUGCAGCCGGAGAGACCACUGCUCCAGUAGACUUAUCCAUUGUUCCUCUUCCACUUCUGGUUAACAACACAGCUCACAUGAAGGAACCAGACCCUGGCUCCUCUGACAUCACAACCUCCACCAAAUCAGGAUUUAAUGACACCAAGAAUAUGCAGGACAGAAGGAUAGUUGUGGACAAACUAAAGUCCACUUCAGUACUCAUUCAGUGGCCAUCUGAGCGUCACAUCCCUGGCAUAAGGAUGUAUCAGAUACAGUACAACAGCUCUCUAGAUGACUCCCUUGUAUACAGAAUGAUACCCCCAAGUAACCGGAGUUUCUUGGUGAAUGAUCUGGCGCCUGGGCGUGAGUACGACCUUUGUGUUCUGGCCGUGUAUGAUGAUGGGAUGACCUCACUGACCGCCACAAGGGUAGUUGGUUGUGUGCAGUUCCACACAAAAGAGGAAAGUGGGCAGUGUCAGCCACUUCAUACUCAAUUUCUUGGUGGCACCAUGAUCAUCAUCAUAGGUGGGAUCAUUGUGGCUUCAGUACUGGUGUUUAUUAUAAUCCUGAUGAUUCGGUACAAAGUAUACAGUGGUCAGGAGGAAGGGGGAAAAGCCAGGGUCAGCAAUGUCUACUCCCAGACCAACGGACAACAAGCCAUGGCAUGUGCCAACUCCUGUGCCAAGUUGGGAGAAAACAGCUAUGAACCUUUACCCCCAACUGCCAAAGAACCUCCAGUAGAGGUCAAAGACCCAGAGAAAUUUGAGACACCACCACUAUCACCUCCUACAGCCCCACUGACAGAGCUGGGCAAGAGACGAACUCAGACAGCCAGUGAUCUUCAGACUGUAGCCCUCCUGUCCUCCAUCUCAGGGGAUGGGGACCAGACAGAGACCAGUGCUAUGGGUUCCACCACCUCACUCUGUCUAAUUGGCAGUGAUGGGCAAAGCCGACUGGGUCCCAAACCAGCUCCGAGGACUUAUCAACACAGAUUCUCCUUUGAUGGGGACUACACCCUGUUCCAGAGCCACAGUUAUCCCCGCAGGGCAAGGACAAAGAGACACAUGUCCACCUCAGAGCUGCAUAAUCCGGAGGCUGCCCUCGGCCAUCGAAGGGUCACUUUUAGCAGUACAGAGUGGAUGCUUGAGAGCACUGUUUAAGGGCAACUGGAGGCACUGAAAGACUUUGGGGGCAAGUAACAGGGGAAAGACAAUUCCUUGAAUAUUUUAUGUUUCUUAGUGUUAGGGCUUUGUCCAUCAAAAUGAUCGCGUUUCAAUAUAGAGCUCUGCUGGGUAUCUCUACAUACUUUUCUAGUUAGCAUCUGGGAUGAAAACAGCUUCUUUUGUUAGAUUCAGAUGAAGAGAACCUCCACUGUCUUCAAUAAUGCUUAAGUAUGUCCACCGUAUUUCCACCUUGCUGGGGUCACAUGGCCAUUUCACAGCAUAAAGAGGGUUGAAAUCCCCAGCAUUGCUCUAUAAUGAAGCAUAUUCGAUAAUAAAUAUGGGAGGGGUGGAUUUACAUACCUAAGGGCCCCAUUAUGUGCUGAUCCAGAGCUUUUGCAGUUCCACCAAAAUGGGACCAAGAAAACUGCUUGCCGAUACCCAAUGCUUGCCCAGUGCUGAUUCAUGGAUAGUUUUCCAGACACCUCCAUUCUACCCUUCCAUCAAAUACAAAGGAGUUAUCCACUUUUACUUGCCCUCCUUCAAACCCUCCCUCCUUUGGUUUGGAGAUAUUGAGGGCUGUUGUUCUGCUCGGGUUCCAGGGUUGUGUAGGAGAAAUAUUGAACCCGUGAAGCAGUGCCUUAAACCGAGAGAGACCAGCACACAAGCUUUUGGGAACCCACCACCAGAACACCUCUUAUCCCAAUAGCUCAGAGGGGAAAUUUGCAUCCCUGGGUCGGGGGUGAGGGGUGGGCUCACCAGAACAUCCAGGGGAAACAGGACAUAUGCACAAACGACACGAUACUCAGACCCACUGAACAAAAACCUUCCUAUAAUGAGGAUAUAGAGGGAGUUUAGCGGAAUGAGCCUGCACUGACGGAGAGGGGUCUUGGUACCCAUACUACAUCUAGCUGGCCUGGAUCUUUUCUGAGUCCAUGAAAUCAGGAGCCUCUCUGAGACUUGCAAGGAAGGAACAUCCACUUGAAUGGUCUCCAACACAGGUUUUUACAUUAAAGACCUGUGUAACACCCGUAUAUACAAGCACACCACAGUGGAGAGGGAGGUGCCGGUGGGUCUGGUCCAGAGUAAAGUCCUUUCUGUGACAAUG